UGGGUUCCUUUACGUAUUUCCUGCACACGCAGGCUGGAGGACUGGGCUGCCUUGGGCAGCACUGCGUUUACACAGAGCUGCUUACAAGGAGGCUGGUGCCCGGGCAGCAGGCAGCUGCCUGCUUACCAGCGUGGGUGCUGGUGGGAACACGCUGGCUGUGGCACAAACGGACCUGGAGCUCCGCGGUUCCCUGCGUGAAACUUAGCGGUGUGGCUGGUUUCCUCAUGUGGAUGCAUUUACCAAAAGGGUAGGGCGCUUGCGCUCUGCUGCUCAGCAGAGGAGGAAGAAGGUGUGCAGCCCCUGCCUUCCUCCUCCCCGGGCUUCGGACUUCCCAAUGGGGUGCGAGGAAUUUGGGCCCCACCGUGCCCAGGGAAUGCUGCGCUGCUUUUCCAGCCAGGAAAGUAUCGGAUCAGGGACUUACCAGGACCGUGUGUGUGGCUACUAUCCAAAACUGAAGGGGAAUGCCCAUCUCUGCCUGCCUGCUGCGUUCACCACCUGAAAACAUUGCUACAGGCCAGCUUAUUAGGUAACCAGUAAUAAGUCUGAGGUAACACUUAGAGCAAGAACACCCUGGGCUCUCCCCUGUCCCCUCAACCAGACACCCCAGGGGACGCCUGCCUCGGUUGCAAUUAGUGCUGAGACCAGGCACACGAACACGAUGGGUGCGUGUGUCUGGGUAAGUGCUAAAGUCAUGCUUCUCGCCAGCCUUAGCUCUUGGCUGGCACUGGCGUUGCUGUCCUAGUUGCCCCUUGCAUAGAUCUGCAGGACAUCAAGUGUAAACGGUGAGGUUUCACAGUCUAAUAAAACAAGAUUUUCUGUUUAUUAACUAGGUGAAGCCCACGAAGCCCUUAAAAUAGCAGCCUGUCCUACCUGGCGUGUUGCGUCAGCCAAACCCAGAGCAUUCUCCACAACGAAGGCACUGAGCAUUGCACUUCUCCCAUCCUUUGGUGGGGUCUCUGGGCGCAGGUGAGGAACAUCAGAGGUACGGAGCCCUCCCUCUGACCAUCAUGGAGCCCACAGCUCAUAGCCAGCAGGAGGCAUCUACCCUUUCCAGCACAGAGGCAGCAGAAGACCUUGCCCUCAAGUUAAAUGCUGCUGUGAGGGACAGUAAUAGAAAAGAUGUGCUGGAGCUGCUGGAGAAGGGGGCAGAUGUGAAUUCCAAAGCAGAAAGUGGCUGGACACCACUGCAGAGUGCCGUGCAAGCUGAUGAUGAGGACCUGGUCCGGCUUCUGCUGGACAAAGGUGCUUGCCCACAUGCCAGGAAGGACAAUGGUGGCACUGCGUUUACUGAGGCAGCGAUAGCAGGAAACGUCAAUAUACUGGAGCUCCUCCUUGAUCGUGGGUUAAAAAUUAACGACCACGACGACAAUGGCUUCACAGCUUUCAUGGAGGCUGCAUGGUAUGGGAAUGAGGAAGCCUUGAAGUUCCUGUAUAGCAAGGGAGCAAAUGUGAAUUUGAGGAGGGCAGUUAGCGAGGAGAAAUUGAAACUGCAUAAAGGAGGUGCGACAGCACUGAUCGAUGCUUGUCGGAGGGGCCACUUCUCGGUUGUAAAGACUCUUGUCCAAGAGAUGGGGGCUGAUGUGAAUAUUUGUGACAACAAAGAUAGGAAUGCCUUGAUCCAUGCCCUCAAGGAGGGCUGUGCCAAGGAAAGAUACGAGUCGGCUGUCUCCAUAGGCCAUUUCCUGCUGGACUGCGGGGUUGAUGUGAACAGCAAAGAUGAAUGUGGGAAAACUGCCCUCAUCCUAGCUGUUGAAAUGCGGAGCCCAGAUCUGGUGAAAGCUUUAUUGGAGAAGGGUGAAAUAGAUAUUGAUGACGCAGAUGAGGAGGGCAACACAGCACUGAUGGUGGCUGUAGCGAAAAAUGAUUACAAUAUAGCAGAGUUGUUGUGUGAAAAAGGAGCAAGGACUGAUGUUGGGAACCUUAUCGCUGUUGCGAAUAGGAACCGUGCUCAUAACAUGGCACGUCUUCUUCGCCAGUAUAAUGCCAAGUUUAUUCCAGAAACCCCCAAAGACUGGGAGCCAAAGAGCAAAUGCUGGAGGGACCAGCUGAAAAAUCUUCAUAAAAUAUAUCGCCCCAUGAUUGGUAAACUGAAGAUAUUUCAAUACAUCCAGCAGAGAAUUUGGAACACUUCCCAGGGUGGCAUCUACCUGGGGCUCUAUGGUGGGACAGAAGUAGCAGUAAGAAUAAGCCGCAGUACAGAGGGUGAGAAAGAGAAACAGUUCUUCGAACAAUGUGGUAACUGUGAACAUCUACUGAAGCUCUUCUGGGCUGAGAAGGCAAGAGGCUACAUGUACUUGUGCUUCCCCCUCUGGGAGAAAAACCUUGAAGAACAUCUGCAGGAACCAGAAGACCAAAUGGAUUACAAAGAUGCUCUGAGGAUGAUCUUCCAAGCAGUGAGAGAACUGCAUUCCCUUGGAUUUGCUCACCAGGAUCUGCAUCCCAGCAACUUUUUCAUAGAUUUAGGUGGCAAAAUUUACUUGGCGGACUUUGAUAAUAAAAGAAAGUUGAUUGAAGGCAAAAAAGAACUUGUAAACUCAGAUUUAGAGGCUCUCAGCAGGCUCAUGCUGUAUGUUUUAACAAGGGGUAGGAAACCCCUUCACCAGGUCAGUCCCGAGGAUUUGGCUGAUGAUUCCCCAGAUUACAAGGAGGCUCUGGAUCUUGUAAGUAGCCUGGUCUCUCAUGAUGAACGAGGCUUGGAAGGUUUGAGCAAACAUCCCUAUUUCUGGAGCAAACAGACCAGGUUCAAGUUCCUGAAGGGUAUAUGGAAUAAAAUCAAAGUUCUCCGCAACGAAAAAGCUGUCUUUCAAGCUCCUAAUACUACUGAAAGUUUUCCUUAUCCAUGGUGGACCAAAGAGAUUGACAAAAGUGUUCUGAAUUUCAUGGAAAAAACUGGGAAAACAAAACCAUAUAGCAACAGCAUCACCGACUUACUGAGGUUCAUGAGAAACCUGGAUGAACACCCAAAUAUCAGGAUCAGCAACAGAAUAGGAGACCAUGCUGAGUAUUUCUUGAAGCUUUUUCCAGCACUUACCAUCUAUGUCUACAACAGUUUACGCCAGAAUCCCAAAUACAGUCACUUUGCAGACAUUCAGGACCCUUCUCUAUAGGACGUCAUCGCCUCCUGUCUCAUGUCUGAUCCCACCAUCACUGCCUCCUUUUAUUCCCUAUUUCUUCACCUGCAAGAGAGCUGAAGAAAGUGGGUAAGGAGAUGGGAGAGAGCACAUGCAGGGACAGAGCAUGGAGGACUUAGACUAAGAAAUGAAAUAUGCUUCAGAAGUGUUUGGUGUAACCACAGGCUUUGGAGAGGAACCAAGCUGAGUGCCAGCCUGGUCCCCCUUGACUACCUCUGUCCCUCCGGGCUUAUCUGCCUCUGUGAGGUGGAGAUCAAGGCCCUGAUCCUUAUGGAGAGCAGGGAGAUGUGGGACAGUCCCCAUAUACCCAACGCAUCUGGGAGGCAGGAGAAGAGCUCAGGCACUGCCAGACAACAUGGGACUCUCUGAUAAAGGAAAAGGAGUUUGAGCUCCUUGCUAGGGCCAAUAUUCCCUACAACUUGCACUGAUGAGCGGCUCAUCUACCCCUAGAAAGACAUGGAUUCUCUCUUCUUAGUCUUUUUGAAACACAGCAGCCAAAAAAUGAGAUGCCUGGGCAAUGGUGUGGCUGCAGAGUUGCCCUUGGCCCGUUAUCCCUCUGAUCUGGUAGAGGCACACUCAGGCCAGCCUGCUGGGACCUCAAGGACUUCUUUUGGGGGACGCAGGAGAUGUUUCCACAAGGAACGGACAUAAAGAGAACAAUCCCACAAAACUCUGCUACUGUGAGUAGUCCAGGCUCACCUGAAAAAGGUCGCUGGCGUCAAAGGGACUGCAGGGACCGGUGCACAAGCACUCCCUGCCUCCAAAACAGUGCUGCUGGUGGUGUAUAGCUGUCCUCCUGCCAGACUGGGCUCCCUUGCACAGAGCUGGUGCCCAUACAGCUGCAGCAUGCAGCCAGCUCAGAGCUUCGAUGCUGGAGGCUGGGUGGUACAAACCCAUUUCUGAAAUACUACGGCAUGCAAUGUCUGUCUGAUUGUCCAAGGGCUUGCUUGUUUCUCGGCUGACACUCUGUUUUGCAUGAUGGUUUUAUGUUGCUUAUGGAAAUAUUUUUCAGCUGUUGAAAGGAUUUUUAACUUAAUUGCUGUUCUUUCAGUUAGCCUAUAGAGAAUCAAAAUUGGAAUAAACUUGCCUGGAAAACUGA